CGCUGGUGGACUCUUUCCCCAAGCUAUUGAUUCGUUGGCAUCAAAAUCAGACUGGUAAAACCGGUAAAACUGAACUCACAAACACAUUCUCUCUCCUCUUUCUCCAACGGCGUAAGAGUGUGAAAUCUCGCCGGAAAAAUGAGGCGGCGACCGGGAAUCGGAGGUUUACAGUCAUCUGCUGCUACUAGGAAUCAAUUUCGAGUAGUUGGAGAAAAUAUAGCCUCCAUGAAAACCGAUGUUAUGAAGGAGCAAUUGUCCACUUUUCGUUCUCAGCUCGAGGAUUUCGCCCGCAAACAUAAGAAUGAUAUACGGAAAAACCCGACGUUCAGAGCUCAAUUUCAUGAGAUGUGCUCUAAAGUAGGGGUGGAUCCUCUUGCCUCAAACAAGGGUUUUUGGGCAGAGCUUUUGGGAAUUGGUGACUUUUAUUAUGAACUUGGGGUGCAAAUUGUUGAAAUAUGUUUGGCCACUAGAUCCCUCAAUGGAGGCUUGAUAAACUUGCAGGAGUUAUUAGACCUGCUACGUUUGAAGCGUAAAAAUGCCCGUGAACCUGUAUCAGAGGAUGACUGUUUACGUGCUAUAUCUAAGCUGAAGGUUUUAGGUAGUGGGUUCGAGGUGAUAUCUGUUGGCAAGAAAAAGCUCAUACGAUCUGUUCCAACUGAGUUGAACAAGGAUCACAAUGAAAUCUUGGAGCUUGCUCAGGCGCAAGGCUAUGUGACUGUAGAAGAGGUAGAAAGACGACUUUCUUGGUCAGCAGGGCGUGCAAUUGAUGCUCUUGAUACAUUGUUAGAGGAAGGUCUUGCAAUGAUUGAUGACGGCCACAAAGAUGGCAAACGCCGAUACUGGUUUCUUUGUGUGUCUUCCAUCUCCGCUGUUGUGGAAGCUGAUACUAUCGCAAUGUGAUCCUCUCAAGGCAUGUUAUAUAAUCUUAAGGGGAACACAACAUGGAUAAUAGCCUAACAAUACAUGACUGGGGCUGUGGGGCAGCCUUCCACUUAUCGGACCCAAACUCUAUAAAAUUUGUGGUUGCUCAACUCUGAAGUAAAUUUCGUGGUCUCCAUUUAUUACUCAAGAAAUGUGGUCUGUUGCUGAUGUUACGGCUGCUGACAUUAUAGAUAACCAGUCCUAAAGCCAUCGUAACACCUUGUUCACCUUCUUUCAACAAUGUAGCAACCGGAAUUUGUAUUGCUUUCUAGGCUUCCAAUUACGCUACAUAAAUCUGUGAAAGUCGUAACAUUACCCUACUCCAAAAUUACUACUUCUUUCUCACAA